AUGCAUUUAAUCCUAGCUAUUAAAAUUAUUAUUAAGAUAAGUCCAGCUAUUAAAAAAUACCAUUUGGAGAUCUAUAUUAAAUUAGAUUUUGAAAGCAGAUGCUGUAAAAGCUCUGCUGUUUGGAAAAGCAUGUUACACAAGUAUUUAUCAAAUUUUGAUAUAAAUCGAUUUAUUAUUACCAAUUUUCAGGGGUAUGUUAAGCUAGUAUUGAUUGACGAAGAUAAACUUAUAGUAAUAAAAGCUGUACUGAAAACUGAAUUUAAAAUAGUUAAUUCAAUAUAUGUUUAA